AUGCCCUCCCCACAGGUCACAAAGAUCCCCCCCAGCAGCUUCGUGCCCAGAGACCACCACGGCCCACAACAGAACUCCCCCGCCAAUAUCCCCGGGGGCAUCAAGCCCAGAUACUUCAAGAACCCGUGGCCCUCAUACCGGACUGCAUCUCUCAAGGAUGCCUAUCAAGCCUACCAGAGAGGUGCCGCAAUCGCUCUCCACCCAUCACAGCUCAGGGGAGUCGCCAAGCUCGAAGGCAAACAAGACUCGGACGUCGAUGACAGCGAGUACGAGCUGGAACCAGCUUGGACCGAGUCCGAUUCCAUCAUGCCCAAAAAGAUAUAUGUCAGGCCCGAGUUCGCCCGGGUAGGAUCGGGAGAUGAGCGAGAGGACUGGAGAGAUCCCCCAGUCAAAGUGGUAGAGCCGACCUGGGGCGAUGGGUCUGAUGGACGAGAAAAGGUCACUUGGCUCGGUCAUGCGGGCGUUUUGAUUCAGAUACCGUGGAAGACGUCAGAGAACCCGGAUAAUAAGAGGAACGGCUCUUGUGGUAUACUGUUUGACCCAAUAUUCUCGUACCGAUGCUCUCCAACGCAAUACGCGGGGCCAGCGAGGUACAUUGACUCUCCCUGUACAGUUUCCAUGCUGCCCGAGAUUCACGCCUGCUGUAUCUCCCACGACCACUAUGAUCACCUGGACUACUACACAAUCAUGGAUCUCUGGAAGUACCACCAAUCCACUAUCCACUUCUUUGUGCCCAUGGGCCUGAAACAGUGGUUCACUUCUUCCGGCAUUCCUGCGUUCCGCGUCACCGAACUCGACUGGUGGCAUGAAACUGUCCUCACCUUCUCAGAAACUUCAGGCUUUGACUAUAACCCCCACAAUCCGCCUCAAGAGUCUGAAGAUGCUCUCAACAAGACGCCAAACUUGCACACCCCGUCUGCUCUUGCGCUCAAAAUUGUCUUCACUCCUGCUCAGCAUCGAUCAGGGCGAGGUAUUCUGGAUCAUAUGACGACUCUCUGGGGAAGUUGGUGUGUUGGGGUGGUGGAAGAUGCGGACAGAGAGUAUGCUCUGGAGCCUGGUAUGAAAGAUUGGAAGGGUUUCAAAGCCUAUUUCGGAGGGGACACUGGCUAUAGAUAUGCCACAGCGCCUGAAGAAGACGAUAGCGCAAUAUGUCCAGCGUUUCAACAUAUCGGUGAUCUCUACGGCCCCUUCACUUUCGCCAUGCUCCCACUCUCGACUGGAUCGUCUCUUCCAUUCCUCCGCACUGUCCUCUCCCUGUCUCUGGACCAGUACCUCCUCACAUCGUCGCUCCACUGUUCGCCCGCAGACUCACUAGAGAUUCACCGUGUCAUACAAAGUCAGCGGACUUUGGGAAUUCAUUGGGGUACAUUCUGCGAUGCCGACGAAGCGCGGGGCACAAGGGUGGAGUUUGGCAGGUCGAGGAGAGCGGUAGGUGUGAGCCGGGAUUGGGAGGCUGAGGAGGCUAGAAAUGGGCAAUUCGUCAUAGCUGACAUUGGCGAGACUCUCACAAUGCCUGCUCGAUGA